AUGGAAAGUGUACAUGAAAGUAGAAUAAAAGUUGUUGAUGUGAAAGUUGACAGACCCAUUACGGAAGAAGAGCAGUUUAAUGCUUUCUGUGUUAAAGAUGAAGGUAAGACAAUUCAGCAAUUCACUUUGUGGUCACAGGAUAUAAUGAUCGAUUGAGCAGGGUCCUCUUCAACCUACUGUUCCUGUAAGUUUAUUUGUAAUUGUCCUAGUUAUAGUUAAAUCCCCUCUCAUAAUAUUGUAAAGCGCUACGGAAUCUGUUGGCGCUAUAUAAAUGGCAAUAAUAAUAAUAAUAAAGUUAAAAUGGGCAUCUUUAAUCCUAGUUUAUUAAUUAUUGUAGCAUUACAUUAUUGUACAAGUACAAUAUAAUAAAAUAAGAGGAGAUGAAUAAACUAAAACACAUAUGUAAUUCCUUCAUACUCAUGCCAUGGUUCCAGGAAAUCCUGGGUGCAAUCUUACCUUAAGGUAAUAAACCAUUAACAAUUGGUUUAACAUCAAACUUUCGAAGACAGGGCCUGCUCGCCAGCCCCUGUGCCCCUCUCUAUAGUUCAUGAUGACCAGGGAUAAGGUGGUCUUAGCCAUCUCUCAGCCCCUGUACCACCUCUACAACCCCUGUGUCCCCAUCUAAGCCCCCAUGGUCCCACCACAUCCCCUGCACCAGGGCCAGAUUAAGAGCCCAGUGGGCCUGGUGCUGACAAUUAUGACGGGCCUAAUUACAGAAUCUUAUCGACCAAAAACAGUAAAAGACUUCCAAGCGUCAUGUAUCUGAUGGAGAUGGUGCUGGAGAGAAAGAAAACAGCAGCUAUAAGAAAACACCUACCCUAGGCUAAUCUCUCUCUAAUUUAUGUUUUCAUCUUUCAAGUAAAUCCAUAACCCCUAACAGCAGUGUCCAGUCAAGCAGGAAGUCAAUGGGCAUGGUAAAAGGGUGUGCCACUGACACAAAUCACAUAACCUACCAAAAGGGGCGAACAUGCCCAAAAAGAGGACAUGUCUGCCCAAAGAAUUUGAAGGCCAGCCUGGCAUGAAUGCAUGUCAGACUGCAUGCCAAUUAUGCAGCUGGCCAACUAAGGGCAUACUAUGCAGACAGCACCCUGAGCUUGGCAUAAAUGCAUCUAAUGAUGCACUCGCUCAACGCUUUCUAAGGACUAUCCCCUAGCACUCGCUGGUCCACUUGUCUCCUUACCUUCUUACUAGCAGGCAGAAGCUCCUGGUAUAUAGUCUGGGACAGAGAAAAGCUGUAUGUAGUGAGUGUAGAAGAAAGGGAACAUGCCACAGUGUUGGAGAGACCAAAAUCAGCAUUACCUUAAAGGAUCACUAUAGGGUCAGGAACACAAAAAAUGAAUUCAUGACCCUAUAGUGUUAACACCACCAUCUUGGCCCCUCAUGCCUCCAUAAAUAUAGCAAAAUCUUACUAUAUUCAAGCCUGAAGCUGUAACUCUGCAUGCUGUUAGACUCAUAAAAACAAGCAGUCUGCUGACAUCAUUAGAAGUUGUGGCCUGAUCCAAUCACAGUGCUUCCCCAUAGGAUUGGCUGAGACUGACAAAGAGGCAGAUCAGGGUCAGAGCCAGCAUGAUUCAAACACAGCCUUGGCCAAUUAGCAUCUCCUCAAAGAGAUGAAUUGAAUCAAUGAAUCUCUAUGAGGAAAGUUCAGUGUCUGCAUGCAGAGGGAAGAGACACUGAAUGUUUGGAUGCAUUUUAGGUAGCCAUGACCCAGGAAGGAUCUCUAACAGCCAUCUAAGGAGUUAUCAAUAGGCUGUAAUGUAAAGACUGCAUUUUCUCUGAAAAGACAGUGUUUACAGCAAAAAGCCUGACGGUAAUGAUUCUACUCACCAGAACAAAUUCAAUAAGCUGUAGUUGUUCUUGUGACCAUAGUGUCCCUUUAACUAUAUUCAUUGUCAGCCAGUCCACACAAGUUUUGUUCCCCUACAUCCCUCUUAAGUUUCCAUACUUAAGUAAGAGUAUGUGAAAAGUAGUUAGGGUUGCCACCUUUCUUGGAAAAACAUACCGGCCUUACUAAUUUGCAUAAUUAAAUAUGUAUGGGUGACAUCACAUGAUGUAAAUCACAAGGAGUGACAUAAGAGAAAAUGCUUUAAAAUCACCAAAAAACUACUUAGUUUGAUUCUGCUGUAUAGAUGGAUUCCACUGUAUGUCUCAGUGUGUGUCUGUGUGGCUUGAAAAAAGAAAGAGACAAACAAAGAGGCUGGUGGACGUAAGAGAUACACAUGGGAUUAAGAGACACACAAUGGGGUGUAAGACACACUAAAGAGGGUUAUGAGAUACACAGGUGAAUAUGCAUUUUUUUUAAAUUUAUUUUUUGGAGUGGGGUGGGGGGCAGCAAAAUGCUAAAUAUUGCACUGGCCCCACUGACAGGUAAGUGUCACUUACUCGAUAAUUAAAUGGGAACUGAACUAUGCACUCAGUGCCAUGAAUAUAAAUGUAUUUUAAGGUCUACUCUCAAGACAAAAUGCUUGAGCUCCUCUCACAUUGUUAAAGGGAGACUCCAGACCCCAGAAAGCACUUUUGUUUGCUGUAAAUAUUUAUCUUUGAAUAGUGUGUCCUAUUUUUUAUUUUUGCAAAAAGUGCAGAUUUCAGUAGAAACUGACACAUUCCUAAAUUAACCUGGUUACACCCACUGGCUUUCAAGCAGACAACAGUUCAUUUUACUUCCUGGUUUGGUUAACUCAGUGGAGCUUAUCUCAAGAGGUAGGUAAUUGCUCACAGCACCUGCCUUGCAAAGACUUCUCAUUAAAGGACCACUCUAGGCACCCAGACCACUUCAGCUUAAUGAAGUGGUCUGGGUGCCAGGUCCAGCUAGGGUUAACCCAUUUUUUCAUAAACGUAGCAGUUUCAGAGAAACUGCUACGUUUAUGAAUGGGUUAAGCCUUCCCCUAUUUCCUCUAGUGGCUGUCUCAUUGACAGCCGCUAGAGGCGCUUGCGUGCUUCUCACUGUGAAAAUCAUUGAUAAUGCUUUCCUAUGUGACCGGCUAAAUGCGCGCGCAGCUCUUGCCACGCGUGCUCAUUCAGCCGACGGGGAGGAGAAGAGGAGGAUCGGAGGAGGAGAGCUCUCCGCCCAGCGCUGGAAAAAGGUAAGUAAUUAAAUGCAUGCAAGUUUUAAUUUGAGGUAUAUCUACUAAACAGUGCCUUUAUGUAUUUUGUAUUUGGGCAGUGGAGUGCCCCUUUAACCAUCUGCUGCUGUGAAUACUAAAGCUGCUGAUGUGCAUGGCGAUAACCUGCUAUGUUGCCUCAUCACUCAUUGUGGGAUUAGUAAGUGUAAAUGGUUGGGGACUGGGGGGCAAUAGGGCUCCCCAGGUUAUUAUAUUUAGAGCCCCCCACUUGCAGACAAAGGGUGGGGCCUAAAGGUGACAAUAGGUUCCCUUCAGGUUAUUGUAUUUAAAGCCCCUAACUGAUAGGGCUGUUUUGUAUGUCAGUUCGUUUUGAAACUUGUGUCUGGUGUGGAUUUGUAGGGAUCCCAUUGACAGAGUGUUUGGACCUGUUUGCUGGUUGCAGGAUCCCUCUAGCCCUGGGAUAAAGCAAGAGAGCUAGGCCUGAGAGCCACAAGUGUCUUUUUAUAGACCAGAGCUGCCACAUUGCAGUACAGAGACCUGAUUACCACCACGGUGUCCACAUUAGAUGGUAUCCCUUAGCCCUCAGGAGUCGCGACCAGUAGGGCUUUUGUUUGUACAUUAAGAAAUAUCUACCACUGGUUGGUGCCAGAUUUUAAAUCCUGGUCUUGCAAUUGUACUGUUUUAUACGUUUUUAACAAUAAAUCAUGUCGUUUAUAUAUUGAUCUGAUUCCCAUAUUUGUUAUAUCUUGUUUUUUGUCUAGAUUUCUAGCGCCCUCCUUUGUUGGUUUGGUUUGUCCCUAACCAACAUUUUUUGUUUUAGAUUUUGUAUAUAUAGGCUUCUUUGGAGUGUGCCUAUUGAGUGGCAGCUUUUCAUCUUAGGAUCUACCUAUAUUGUGUGUUUUGUUUUGUUGGCCUAGAAUAUAUUUGUAUAAUGCUAUAAUAUCCCCUCUAAACUAAAUAGAUUUAAAUUUGUUAACCUUUCUUCAUAACUAAAAUGUACCAUUUCUUUUUUUUUUUUUCUAGCCUGCCUCUGCAUUUUUUCUAGUGCCAUAUUAUCCUUCAUUAGAAUAGGUUCCCAAUUGCACAUCAUAUUCAAGGUGUGUUUUUGCCAGUUAAAAUAGCGUACUAGUUUAGCCCCUUAAAGACCAAACUUCUGGAAUAAAAGGGAAUCAUGACAUGUCACACAUGUCACACAUGUCAUGUGUCCUUAAGGGGUUAAAAUAUUACUCUAGGUAUGUAAUAACACUUACUGUAGGAAUAUUAAAAUAUAUUUAUAUAUUUUCACCAGGUAUGGAGAGGAAGGUGUUUGCAUGUUUGUUUCCUGAAGGCACAUGUUCAGAUUCCAUAAAUGAUGGUGCGGUAUUAAUUAUGAGGUAAAAAUAAUAAUUUAUAAAAAAUAUCAAAAAUUUGAUAUUAUGGGGCUAUAAUUAUGACAAUUACCAGAUGUUCAUAUAUUAAGCCACAACUACUUUACUACUAAAUUCACCAUUCUAUUGAACCCCCUGAAGAUACUCUACUCUAGUUGAGAAUAAAUGUAAUUUCCACAAUUAUACGGCAAUAACAUUUCAAAUAUUUUCCACUUAUUAUCGGACACGUGUUUAGAAAUGAAUCAUGCAUACUGCUGUUUUUUGUAAAAUAAAACGAAAAUCUUAUACAAACCCUUAUCAAUUAUAUGAAUAAGGAAUUAUAAGAAUAGGGAUUAAUAAUGCUUGUAUAAUUGUUAGUUUAAUUUCCCAUAUUUAAUAUAUCAACAAACUAAUAUCUAGUCAGUAUAGUACUAAAGUUAUAUAUUUGUGCCUAUGAGUAAUAUACUUUUAUAGCAUUUUUUUUAUAUAUAUUUGAAAAGUACACAUUUAAUAAAAGAUAAUGGGAAUAAAGGUAUGUGUUGUGAGCAUCUUUUAUCUGGUCUUGUUAUGCAGGUGUUUGUUUCUCACAUCCUGGCUAUCCUUGGCUACAUAUCUAUGUGUGAAACAUUCUAUUCCCAUGAAAUAUCUUUUAUUUUUAUUUUUUUCCAACCUGGCAAAACAGAAGUAGUUCUGUUGGUAAACAUUGCAUUGUGACAAUAGAGUUUAGCUACUUCAUACAAUGUCUAACAGAUUCAACUUUUUUGUGACUUUCUGUGCCCCAGACACAUUUCUACACAGACCAAAAUGCGAACAAUUGAGAUGGUUUAUAAACCACAUACACCAACAACCUGACUUGUAUUGAGAACUCUACAAAAAUAAAAUAACUGUUACAGUUCACAAAAAAGAAAAAGUAUUUGUAAUUUUUUUUACAAAAAAUAAAACCAGUUUGUACAGCAUAAGUUGUUUUCAAUAAAAUGGCUGAUAGUAGCAAGACGGCUGACAGUAAGACAAUGUCCGGUUUCACGUAGUUAUUAGUAUUUCCAUUAUUUGCUGGAUUUUCAUCACAAUGCUAAGCAGCGGUUUAAUGCCGCACACCUUCCACAGCUGCUGGGUAAGCACAGCGGUAAACUGGGUUCCCUGGUCAGAGAGGAUCUCCUGAGGGAACCCGACCCUAGUGAAAAUUUUAACCAGGGCAUCAGCAACCGUCUCUGCCUCUAUAUUAGACAGCGCUACUGCCUCUGGAUAACGUGUGGCAUAGUCCACCACGGUGAGAAUAUACUUCUUCCCGGAUGGGCUAGCCCUGGCCAGUGGACUCACAAUGUCAACGGCUAUGCGGGAAAAGGGUUCUCCAACAAUAGGCAUCGAUAUGAGCCUAGCUUUUGGAUGAUCCCCCCGUUUACCUACCCGUUGACAUGUGUCACACGUGCUACAAUAAACCCGCACAUCUCGGUUAAAAUUAGGCCAGAAGAAAUUUUGGGUGAUCCUAUGAGCUGUGCGGUGGGAACCUAGAUGGCCUGCUAAUGGCACAUCAUGCCCGAUCUGCAGAAUCUCUUGCCGGUAUUUCGCAGGCACCACCAGCUGCCGAUUCUGCAGAGGGGUAUUCUUUUUCUAGGACGGUUUAGGGAUCCUGUAUAGCCUAUCCUCUUCCCACUCGUAACGCUCCCCAUCAACUCCCUCUACCCCAGUAUCUGCCAUGGCCCUAUACUUUUCUAAAGUCGGGUCUUCCCGGGUUUCCCUCCCGUACAUCUCUGGGGUAUCCCAGCCUAAAGGGGCCUGGUCUAAGGUACAAGUCGGGGUAGAGAGUCUUACCUGGGUCUCAGCAGCAGGUGGGCCGGUCUCGGUGGCACGGGUCUGGGCACGGGUCGUAACAGCGUCCACUUCAGCGGGAUCCAUGGGAGCGAAGGCUGACACAAGGGGCGCCAAGUCAUUGCCAAGGAGGACAUCCGCUGGUAAGUCCUUCAUGACCCCCACAUUCACAUGUCUAGCGCCCACUCCCCAAUCCAAAUGUACCCGGGCAACGGGUAGGUGAAACACAGCGCCUCCGGCUACUCGCACUGCUACCGUGUCUCCAGUAUGUUGGGUCUCGGACACCAAGUGCUUCUGAAGUAGUGUCAUGGUAGCACCGGUAUCCCUCAGCCCACUGACCUCCUUCCCGUUGACCUUGACAAAUUGCCGGUGGUGCUGUCGGUUAUCCUGGUGAGCAGCUUGUACAGGGUCUGCCUCAUGCAGGAUGCCUCAGCAUUCCUCUUCCUCUACGCAGUGAGCAGCCGGGGGAGGGGGUCGUGUAUUCCCGCUGGCUGGUCUCCUCCAAGACUGGGCCUGGUUAGCACUGUUCAACGGGCACUCCGGUCUCUUGUGCCCUAGCUGCUUGCACAAAAAGCAUCUAAUGGGUUGGAUGUAGUCCCGUGAGUUGAACCGGGGCGGCUGCUGAUACUGGUUAGAUGGAGGGGGUGCUGACGGCCGGUUCGUCGGUGGUUGGUAUACGGUAGCUGCUGAAGGUGCUGCUGGUCGGUAUUCCACUCUGGCAGGAGUCUUACCAAUAGCACUGUCCAGUUUACGGGCAUCCGUAUACUCGUCCGCCAGGCGAGCUGCUUCAUAUAGAGUGGAGGGUUUACGGUCACUUACCCACUCUCUGACGCCUGGGGACAAUUUCUCAAAGCAGUGCUCCAACAGGAACAUUUGCAGCACCUCUUCCCCGGAUACAGCUUGGCACCCCGCCAUCCAGUGGGCAGCUGUGCGGUGCACUUUGCAUGUCCAUUCCACAUAAGAGUCCCCAGCUGAUUUAACAGUGUCUCUGAAUCGCCUCCUGUAUGCCUCCUGUGUAACGGCAUACCGGGCGAGCAAAGCUUCCUUGAUGGCCCCAUAAUCCCCGAUCUCCUCAUCAGGAAUGGCCCGAAAAGCAUCACUGGCCCAGCCGGAUAACUUGCCGGACAAUAUAGUAGCCCAGUCCUCCAGGGGUACCUUGUGCAGGGCACAUUGCCGCUCAAAAUCAGCAAUGUACCCAUCAAUCUCUCCUUCUGCCUCCACAAAUGGUUUAAAUGCUGUGAAUGGCACUUUCUUUCUUUCCCCCGGGUUUGCUGUAACUGGGGCUGCUGCAGCACUGCUUUGGCGUAGCAGGUUGGCCUCCACAGCGGCCAUGACCCGGUCAGUGGUCUCUAUGGUCGGGUUGGGACCAUAAUGGGCCAGCUUGAUUCUUACCGCUCGGUCAAAGCUUGCCUCCUCGGGGGUUCUGUCAGCUGCGCUGAGCCCAUUGGUUCCCUCUGCCUCUGGUACUCUAUCCAUUUCAGUCAGUAGUGCAAUAAUCUCCCUCUUUCUAAGAUUACUGGCUUGUCCGCCUCUCUGCUCCAAUAAAUCUUUCAGGGUAGCUCUUUUCAGCCUUUGGUAUUGUACAUCCAUUUAAUCCUGGUUGUAGUGGUCUCUCUGGGCGAUGAGGGUCAUCCCGUUGCUUGCCACCAGUUGUUACGGUACCCUCAGCAUGAAAUUCCCAGACCGCCAUUUAGUGAACGCUCCCAGUUCGCAAUAACCCAGGCUGCAUGUAUAUCCAAUACAAUCAUACGAACCGCAAGCAAGGGAAUGCUGUAAAACUCACGAACGGGAUCCGUACGGGCACUUCACUUCAUAAGCUCCAAACUCACGAAUCGCCAAUAGCAGCCGAAUGCAGGUAUCCCCCAAGCGGCUAAUAAUCCCAUCCAGCAGUCUCUAGUCGUCGGUAAUAAAUCCCCCCAAUAACGAGACCAAGCUCCGCAUUAAGGGUAAAACAAGAACUGUAUUUAUGCAGGUCUCCCACUUGGUGGACACUCCCCUAGGGGACCAAAUGGGAGACUGUGACAACAGAUAGACAUAUGGCAGUUCAGGACCCACAGACACAAAAUAUUCCCAGCAUGCAAUAGUAAUUCCUCCCCUCUGCCCUGGAGAUAAUUGAGAAGUAAUUAUCUCCAGGACAGAGGCAAAUCGCCAUUUUACAUUAAACACAUAAAAACACAUAAAAAUAUAUAACUUUACAUUUGUCGAAUGCUACCCAUUCGUAUCACAUAUCCCCAGAUAGCCUGGAUCUGAGUGCAUAUUAUUGGCGAAUAGCGCUCAGAUCCCAUACGCAUAGUUCAAUCGCCAUGGAGUAAAAGUCUAUUAUAGUUCUUCGGUAUGUGAUUGACUCCAUGGGAAGGCUAUCUGGGGUAAGUCCAUUCGUGCCUUUAAACCUCCCGAACGGCCGUUGUUCGCACACUUCUGUCGAUUGAGAAGGGAGGUCGACGGCUUCAGCGGUGUUCGGUUGAAAAAGUGUCCGUUUUCAGUUCCAUGAAAUAACCGUCGAACACCGCUGGUCUUUCGCAUGGUUAAAAUGGCCACCGCCUCGUGGUCGACAUACGAACGAAGACCACCCUGUAUUCGGUUUUAAUUGAGAAGUGUCUGUGGUUAACCGCAACGUUCUAAUUGGGAUCAAUAGGUUGACCAGCAGCACACUUCUCUUCUGGGUGGCCGUCCGUUCGACAGUUCCGUUUGGCAGAAAAGUACAUUCACUAAAACAAAGGCAUACAAACGGGUAAAUUCAUGCAAACGGCAAAACAGACGAAUCCAGCAAUCCUAGUCUAUACAGAUGGAUCUGUCACACAGCCUAAAUGUGUGACCUUGUGUCCUAUGUAUAGCCCUGUUUAUGAAUAGAUUUCAAGAUAAUGGUUUGUACUGGCCCCAAAUAUAUUUGUUAUCAUAUCCCCUCUGAGGUGCCGUUUUAACAAACUAGAGAUUUACAUUUUUUUAACCUUUCUGCGUAACUAAAAUGCUCUAUUCCUUUUAUCAAUUUGUAGCUCAUGUCUGCACUUUUUCUUGUACCAUGAUAUCCUUCUUUAGAACAGGUGCUUAAAAUUGCACAGCAUAUUCAAGGUGUGGUCUUACUAGCGAGUUAUAAAGAGGCAAAAUUAUAUUUUCAUCCCGAGAAUUUAUGUCCCUAUUUAGACAUGACAAACCCUUACUGGCCUUAGCAACUGCAGAUUGACAUUGCAUAUUGCUGCCUAAUUUGUUGUCUAUGACAAUUCCCAAAUUUCAUCUGCCAUUUUAUUGCCCAGUCCCCCAAUCUAUCUAAAUCCCUCUGCAGCAACGCAAUAUCCUGCUUACAUUUUAUUACUUUCAAAAGUUUUGUGUCAUCUGCAAACACUGAAACAUGGCUUUCAAUGCCUAUUUCAAGAUCAUUUAUAAAUGUUAAAUAGAAGCGGCCCCAAAACAGAACCCUGAGGGACACCACUUACAACUUUUGUCCAGCCUGAAAACUUGUUGUACUCUAUCCUUAAGCCAAUGUUCUACCCAAGAACAAGAAUAAUCAUCUAGACCAAUUUCUUUUAGUUUGAAGUUACAGUUGGUUGUCAAUCUUUUUCCCCUUGUUGUGUUAGUUUUUCUUCUUUUAAAUAUAGUCUCCUCCUUUACUGUGUUGAUCCCCCUAUAUGUAUUUAAAUGUCAUGAACCAGUUUAGUAGACCUUCUCCGAACUCUCUCUAAAGUAUCAAUAUCCUUCUUGAGAUACGGUCUACAGUACUGCAUGCAAUACUCCAAGUGAGGUCUCACCAGUGUUCUGUACAAUGGCAUGAGCACUUCCCUCUUUCUACUGCUAAUACCUCUCCCUAUACAACCAAGCAUUCAGCUAACAUUUCCUGCUGCUCUAUUACAUUGUCUACCUACCUUUAAAUCAUCUGUAAUAAUUACCCCUAAAUAGAGUCCAGUGAUUUCUAAAAAGGCAAAAUUAUAUUUUCACCCGGAGAAUUAAUGCCCCUUUUUAUAUAUAACAAUACCUUACUGGCCUUAGCCACUGCUGAUUGACAUUGCACGUUGUUGCCUAGUGUGUUGUCUAUAACAAUUCCCAAAUCCUUCUCAAGUGUUGUUAUCCCUAACUCACUACGAUGUGCACUGCAGUGGUUAAUUCUAACAUACACGUAAUAUAAACAAAAUUAUGUAUGCACAUAAAACACAGAAUGAACGUAAUAAUAAAAACACAGACUCAAGUAUGUGAUGAAAAAGGCCGUGAUCUUUUAUUUAGUUUACAAAAUAUUACAAAACAUAACUUUUUCACUUUAAAAUAUAUAACUUGAAGCCAAACAUCUCCGGUCUUUAAACCCCCAGAGAUUUAACAAAUGACAUACCAGCGUUCUGCCCUAUUAGCCAGAAUUUAAGCAAAUCUAUAACCAAACUUAUCAAGUCCACCCCCCUUUAGAAUAGGCAUGUGUCAUGCGGUAACACUUCCGGGUUCGGCACUCCGCUGUGCGGAGCUGGACCCCGCCCCCCUCUGACGUGGCUCUGACGGUAUUGAGGGAGACCGCGCCAGAGAGAGGGUGCUUGGUGUGUGAGCUAAUGUGUGAGCUACCUAUGCAAGACCGCGGGCUCCAUAGGCUCAGCUACUGGGAGCUACUUCCGCCAGACUUACCUCUUCACAGGCUCUGGCAAUGUGGGUCCUACUUCCGAGUAUGCACGCCAGCUCCUGGGACACGCCGGCUCUACAAGCUCUGAUGUCGUCCUGGCCUUCUGGGCUAAGAAAAGUAUACUUCAUGCCAUAGAGGAUUACUAGAGAACAGAAACUUACUUUACAAGUGGACCAUGCCUCUGAACUAUUGGAGGACUACUCACAUUAACCUUAAGUAUAUCUUUCAGCUAUUUGUCUACAAUAUCAUUUAAUAAUGAACUAAUGCUUGCUUACUAAAUCUUCACUGCUUCAAGCUACUAAUUAUAUGGAGGACAACUCCCAUCAUGCUUAUUCACAAUGUUGAAAAAUGCAAAGUUAUGCACUUUGGCGUAAAGAAUACACAAGCAACGUAUACCCUUAAUGGAAGCGAAUUAGGGAUAACAACACAUGAAAAGGACUUGGGAAUUGUUAUAGACAACAAACUAUGCACCAAUGUGCAAUGUCAAUCAGCAGUGGCCAAGGCCAGUAAGGUAUUGUCAUGCAUGAAAAAGGGCAUUCAUUCUUGGGACAAGAAUAUAAUUUUGCCUCUUUAUAAAUCACUGGUAAGACCCCAUAUUGAAUAUGCUGUGCAAUUUUGGGCACCUGUUCUAAAGAAGGAUAUUAUGGCACUAGAAAAAGUGCAGAGGCGGGCUACAAAAUUAAUAAAAGGAAUGGAACAUAUCGGCUAUGAAGAAAGGUUAACAAAUUUAAACCUAUUUAGUUUAGAAAAACGUCGCCUGAGAGGGGAUAUGAUAACAUUAUACAAAUAUAUUCGGGGCCAAUACAAACCAUUGUGUGGAAAUCUAUUCACAAACCGGACUUUACAUAGGACACGAGGCCAUGAGUUUAGACUGGAAGAAAGAAGAUUUCGUCUAAGGCAAAGGAAAGGUUUUUUUACUGUAAGAACAAUCAGGAUGUGGAAUUCUCUGCCUGUGGAAGUGGUUUUAUCAGAGUCCAUACAGAUGUUCAAACGGCUACUAGAUGCAUACUUGCAAGAACAGAAUAUUCAAGGAUAUAAUCUUUCAAUGUAGGGUAAUAACUGCUUGAUCCAAGGAUAAAUCUGACUGCCAUUCUGGGGUCAAGAAGGAAUUUUUUCCUAGCUUGUUGCAAAAUUGUGCUUCAAACUGGGUUUUUUUUGCCUUCUUUUGGAUCAACAGCAAAAAACAAAUGUGAGGUAGGCUGAACUUGAUGGACGCAAGUCUCUUUUCAGCUAUGUAACUAUGUAACUAUGUAACUUACAAAAACAUAACAUACAGAGAUAUAAUUUCUAAUUAGUGGGGUAAUAGCUGCUUGAUCCAAGGAGAUAUCUGACUGCCAUUUUGGGGUCAAGAAGGAAUGGAUUUCCUAGUUUGUUGCAAAAUUGGAAGCGCUUCAGACUGGGUUUUUUGCCUUCUUUUGGAUCAACAGCAAAAACAUAUGUGAAGAAGGCUGAACUUGAUGGACACAUGUCUCUUUUCAGCUAUGUAACUAUGUGACUGUGACUAAGAAGGGUUUUUACACUGGUUCUAAAUUCCUGUUUGUAGUUCAUCAGUUCAGUUUGUUGAAAAUCUUAGUUCAGUCAAGUUAAAAUAAGGUGUAGUUAGAGACAAGAUUACUAAAGAAAUAUUUUUAGGGAGAGUUGAAGGCCCUUUUUCAGUUUCACAUUUUCCAUACAGUGCAGGUAUCCACCAUUUAUUCUACUCUCAAGGUGCAUCUUUUAAUGAUGGAAGUGGAUACUUCCAUUAUUUCUGUGUCAUACACUUCUUUUGAGGAUGCAUUGAAAUGGGUAAGCCAUUGCAGCCUAAUACCUGUUUACAAUUCUGAAAGAAUGGAAUUUCACCCGGAGAAUUAAUGCCCCUUUUUAUAUAUAACAAUACCUUACUGGCCUUAGAAUUAUCCCUAAUUCGCUUCCAUUAAGGGUAUACGUUGCUUGUGUAUUCUUUACGCCGAAGUGCAUAACUUUGCAUUUUUCAACAUUAAAUUUCAUCUGCCAUUUGAGUGCCCAGUCCCCCAGUCUAUCUAAAUCCCUCUGCAGCAAAGUAAUAUCUUGCUCACAUUGUAUUGUUUUACAAAGUUUGGUGUCAUCUGCAAACACUGAAACAUGACUUUCAAUGCGGUCUUCAAGAUCAUUUAUAAACAUGUUAAAUAGAAGGGGUCCCAGAACAGACCCCUGAGGGACACCACUUGCCACCUCUGUCCAGCUUGAAAAUUUACCAUUAAUGACAACUCUUUGUACUCUGUUUUUAAGCCAAUGUUCUACCCAAGAACAAGCAUUUUCAUCUAGACCGAUUUCCUUGAGUUUGAACACUAAUCUAUUGUGUGGAACUGUAUCAAAUGCCUUGGCAAAAUCCAAAUAGAUCACAUCCACGGCAACACCCUGAUCUAUACUUCUACUUACUUCUUCGUAGAACGCAAUCAAGUUAGUUUGAUAUGACCUGUGCUUCAUAAAACCAUGCUGAUUUUUGCUGAUAACCAUGUUCUUCUCAAGGAAUUCUUGAAUAUUAUCCCUUAAUAAACUUUCAAAUAUUUUACCAGCCACAGAAGUUAAGCUCACAGGUCUAUAAUUUCCAGGCAAGGAUUUUGAACCCUUUUUGAAUAUAGGAACCACAUCUGCCUUCCUCCAAUCCUCCGGAACACUUCCUGAAAGAAAAGAAUCUUGAAAGUUUAAAAACAGAGGUUCACUUAUUUCUGCACUUAGUUCCUUAAGUACACGUGGAUGGAUACCGUCAGGCCCUGGAGCUUUGUUUAUAUUAACUUUCUUUAGUUGCUGCAGCACCUUGUCUUGAGUUAACCAAUUACAAUUAUUCUGCAAGUUUUUAGUAGCAAUCAUUUGCACAUCUAUUGCCAUGGGUUCUUCCUUAAUAUAUACGGAGGAGAAAUAGUUAUUUAAAAUUCCUGCCUUUUCCUGGUCUUCAUUAAUUAACACCCCCGUUUCAGUUUUUAGUGUACCUACACUUUCAUUUUGUUUUUUUUAGAAUUUUCUUGAAUUAGCUGCGCUAUCUGUUGGUUUGGAUAACAUUUUAACUAAGGGAGCUGAUUUUUUUUUAAUUUUCACUGGGUCCAGGCUCUUAGUGUGGAAAAUGUAAAACUGAAAAAGAGCCUUCAACUCUCCCUAAAGAGAUUUCUUUAGUAAUAUUGUCUCUAACUACACCUUAUUUUAACUUGACCGAACUAAGAUUUUCAACAAACUGAACUGAUGAACUACAAACAGGAAUUUAGAACCAGUGUAAAAAACCUUCUUCAAUUAGCUGCGCUAUCUGUUGGUUCGGAUAACAUUUUAACUAAGGGAGCUGAUUUUUAUAUUUUCACUGGGGUCCAGGCUCUUAGGAAUCUGCUCCCUGACGGCAGCACCCUGUCUCUUAAAGCACCUAAGGAAGGGUGACUCCCAGCACAAUUCAGACAUUCAUGUCUAAAUCUGCAAGGAUUGGGCCAUUUACACUGAGCAUCAUUAAAUGACCAACAGAUGCCCUUAGGAUGCAACUGCGACACAUUAGCUUGAGUCUGAGGUCUAUAUCGAUUCUGUGGAAACCUACUCGGUAACAUAAUACUUACCCAAGAGCCCACAUCCUUCAUACCCCAUCUCUAAUUCCUAACACAGUUAGUUUUUGAUGAAAUAUUUUGUCCUUAUUGUACCAAUACAAUCCACCAAAAAUGUUAUAAGCCUCCAAUAUUGACUUUAAAUGAUGAAAAAGUCCACAAGCUUUAUCUAAAUGAUGUUUGCAAUAAAAGCUAGCAAAAAUACAGAAAGCCCGUAGCCAAUUAAUAAAAUACUAGGGCACUGGGUGUUUCCUGUCUUUCUCUCUUUCUUGCCUUAACAAAAACUCCUUAGAGGCUGGCAAUAAAAAGGGAAUCUCAAUAUAUUCAUCAUUCCAUAUUUUUUCUUUAAUGGAAUUUGCUAAAUGAAAACCCAGUAGUAAAGCUUCGCAAGCUAAUGCUUCUUUAACUGGUGUACUAUUCCUGUCAGGUCGCUUAACUGUAUUAUUAACCGUAGGGGACAACUUAUAGGGAACCUUUUAUCUUGAACAGGUGAUUUUUUUAACCCAAGCCCCUUUACAUUUGCUGAAUAACAUAAUUCUUUAAAAAUAGAUUUCUUUCCCAGAAUUUUAAGGAAAAAGAAAAUGCCUAAUAACAAUAUGUUUAGUGAAAACCUAGAUGCGCCAGACUCAAUUUUAUUAAUAACAAAUAAUGAAUCGCAUCCUGUGUAUAGUGGGAUUAGUAGCAUUGUUAUGGGCAAAUGCAAAUAUUGUAUUUCUCAAAUUGUGUACUUUGUCUUUAAGAGAUAUUGCAAACUGACAAGGUGUUAGAAAUGGAACAUAUUGAUUUUCAUAACUGUUUCUUUAAGCAAUAACCUCCUACUUACCUUCAGUGCAUAAUAUACUAAUAUACUCUAUAUAAUAUAUAUAUAUAUAUAUAUAUACACAUAAUAUACUAUAUAUAAUUGUCCCAGACAAAAUACAAUAACGAUAAUGCAUAAACAAGCUUCAAGGCUAUGCUACGACUCUUUCAGUACAUAAUAUACUGUGGUAACCCUAAGUAGAUGAAGAUGUUCCGACUUUAAGAUGCCAUCUUGACCUAAGUCAGGGAAUCUUCCAUGACGUGUACACACUUUAGUUAUGGCCUUGUAUUUUUGCCAAGUUAAGGGAGGUCCUAAAAUGAAUAAAAGUAAAAGAAGUAACUUUUUCAUAUAUGAACUACGGUAACCCUAAAAUGAAGACACCUAAGGUAUAAAUAGGUGUUCUUUUAAAUGUUAAGGCACCAAGAGAGGAGAGAUUUGGAGACAGACGCUGCUCCAUCUUAAAAUGAUAGAGAGGCUGACAUGAUGAUAUGUUCAGGAGGGUAUGUUAAUCUAUUAAUGAUAUUUGCAAACAUUUAGUUUAAUCUUGUAAACUCUGCUAUAAAUUAUUGUAAUGGAUUUUAUAUGUCUAUAUUUAUACUUUUAUAUAAUAAAUAUCUAAAAGACAAAACUUUAUUGCUUCCAAGACUUUCCUUAUUUUAUAUUGUAUUCUCAAUUAUUUAUAUAUGUUAAAUAGAGGAUCUCUUACUAAUUAUAUAAAAUUAUGGCUAAGAUAUUUGUAUGGUUAGCCCUGCUAAGUUCUAUGCUUUAAGACGUGAUAGUGGUAACCGCAGUUACAGCGUCUUUAUUGAGAUUAACCAUAAGCCGGUGGCACUCCUCCCAUGCAUUCAAAUAUGCUUUUCAUGUGAUUGAUUAGAACGAUAGACUCAACAAUUGGCUUAUCAGGGUGAACUUAGCUCCCAGAUGUGUUCGGGCAACUUUGUUCCAACUUCGUCCGUUAGAGGUGCAAGGAACCUGAAAGACUUGAAGUAUUAUACAGUAAUAAUGAAAGUAUCCACUUCAUCAUUCAAAGCUGCACCUUGAGAGUAGAAUACAUGGUGGAUUAGUCUGCAGGUACCUUUCUCAUUCUUGGGAACUAGACUAAGCAGAAUUUGCUAAAUGAAAACCCAGUGGGGAAGGUUCGCAAGCUAACGCUUCUUUAAACAAGCUUCAUUAACAGGUGUACUAUUCCCGUCAGGUCACUUAACUGUAUUGAUAGAUGUAGUUGUAUGUGACCACUUCCCAAACCCAUCCUGUAACCAAGUCGAAGCUGAACUACCAGCUUUACCCUGUAUAGCCUGAAGUAAAAACUCCAGAGACUCUCCUAGCUUAGCCUGCUGUGAAAACCCAGGAAAGGACUCACCGGUGGAAUUAUCUGCUCCGGCCAAAGGCAUAGCAGACGAGGUACCGGCUUGUCCAUCAUCUUCAAUAACCGGUACUUACCCAGCUUCAGAAAACUGACAGGAUUUCUUCUUACAUUUCCCUGCAAUCGUCACCUUUGUGGAUGGGGAAUAAAUAACUCUUGAUUUACAAACUCUUUUCUUCCUACCUUGAAGCAUAGUUCUGUCACUCAGGCUUAUGGACAUUUGAGGCUCCUCCUCAGAGUCUUCCCCUUUUGAAGCCUCCUCCUCAGGCUCCAUAAUGUCCACUAUGGAUAAGUCCUGUGGACGUGAUUUAACUUGUGAGGAAGGGGCAGUCAACAAGCACUGCAUGAGCCAUUCAGCACCUCCACUGCUGAAUGCCCUCUUCUUCAUUUCUUCAGGUAAGUGUUCCAUAGCUGCAAUUUUAUUAAAACUAAACUAAUUUUCUAAACAAACAGCUGAGCAAACAGGGAGACGGGAGAAAACAGGUCCUAAUUACUUUACCCCUCGUCUUCUUGGCACCAACUGCUACCUCAGGGCGCUUAUAUAUUGCAGUUUCCCCACUUUACAGUGCCCUCGUGGACAAGUGCUCCUGUUUGAAAUGUCCACGAGGUUAUUGCAAAGAUUAUUGCCGAUGCCCUUGCGACCCACCAGCAGUGUGUGCGGCAAAACCCUCCCACUGAACAACCCCACAGCACACAUGUGUACAUGGUCAGUUGACCAUGUACCGUCUUUUAAAGUGUAAGUUGCUUGUGCAUUCUUUACCCUCAAGUGCAUAACUUUGCAUUUAUCUACAUUAAAUGUAAUCUGUCAUUUGUGUGCCCAGGCCCCCAAUCUUUCUAAAUCCCUCUACAGCGAAAUAAUAUUCACAUAAAUAACAAAACUCAAAAUAAAAAAAAACAAUAACUUACUACACAAAUAGGACUGGCACCCUAAGGGACUUCAAAGUAUUAUUAUGGCACAAUGCUACUAAAUGGUUGCAUACCCCUGGGUUUUUUUUUCCACUGGGCAAAUAAUGGUCAUAUGUCGCUUAUUAGCAAAUGAUAGAUUGUAAUGUAAAAGCUUAGUAUUAAAACACACAUCUAUACAAACACGUGAGGUUAGGAACUACACAUAUUCUGAUGUAUAAGGGUCAUUAUAAAGAAAAUAUAUAAUUGUGAUUACAUCAAUCAUGCCUGUUGCUUCACACAAAUAUGUUCAGGGAAAAAAAAGUAGUUUACAUUUUGCCUAUAUUUUAUUUGCUUCUGUUUUUCCUCCAGAUAAACCUUGUGGUGAUCCUCCUUCAUUUCUUCACACAAUCUUAUAUGGCCACACAGGAUUUGAAAUGGGAGAUGAGCUGCUCUAUGUCUGUUCCCAUGGUUAUGUGAUGGGUAAAGGAGAAUCAGCAUUUACUUUACUGUGUGAUAGCUGUGGCAAAUGGUAUGGACAUGUCCAUGCCUGUGUCAAAGGUGAGCAAGUACAGCAACAAUCAGUUUUACAAUUUAUAAGUGUGAUGACAUAGAACGACAGAGUGCUAUGGAUGUAAGAAACAUCUACAAUUAAAACGUAUACAAUCAUGCAACAUGAAAAAUAUAAAAUGAAACAGAAACUAGUUUGCUAAUAGAAGGUCACUUAAAAUAUUUAGAUCCUUUUGCUUUGCUCUACACAUAUGUAUAAUACCAAUCAAAUUGACAGCCUUAUCCUUUAUUAUUUCAAUCAGUGGUGUAACUCAUGUAGAGAGUGACACGGUGCAGGAAUUGUUUUGUGCAAACGUGGCCAAAAGGUACUGCUUUACAUUGCUUUGCCAGGUGGGGAUCUCCAAUCUGCCCAUUUUUGCAUGUCAUAUUUGUCAGUGUUUGUGAGUUUGAAUGUAAGUAUGUUUUUGUAUGGAGUAUGUGUAUGUGAAUAUACAGGUGUUUUAUGUGUAGAAAAUGUAGUUGUGUGUUUGUAUAUUGUUACAGUCAGUGGUGUAUUCUGGUUUUGUGCUGCCCUUCUUCUUGACAGACACACACUCUCACUGAUGCAUGCACUGACACCUUACAGAUACAGUCAUUGUCACACACACUGUUUAACCAACACACACUUUCACUGAAACAUACACAUUUACAGACAUACACACUCACUCAUUCUCAGUUACACACACUUACAUUCACCGACAGACACACGUAUACACUAACUGACAGACAUGCAUUCCCUGACAGACACAUACACACUAACUGACAGAAGUGCAUACACAUUUACUGACAGAUGCACACUGACAAACACACAUACACACUCACUGACAGACAUAAAUACACUGUGUCAGACACACAUUUACUGACAGACAUACACUCUCAGUGACAGACACUCAUACGUGCACUGACAGACACACUGAAACACGCAUACAUACACUGAAACAUGCAUACACAUUCACUGACAAACACAUACACACUCACUGACAGAGAUAUAUACGCACAGUGUUAGACACACACAUUCACUGACAGACACACAUACACUAGCUGACAGACACACACACACUCACAGACAUACACAUUCACUGACAGACAUAUUCUCUGUGACAGACACACUGUAACACGCAUACACAUACUGACACAUGCAUACACACACUCUCAGUGACAGAUACACAAACACACUGUCAGACGCACACACUGACAGACACACAUACACACUCAGUGACAAACACAUAUACACUCUCAGUGACAGACACACAAACUCACUAACAGACACACUAACACACUCACUCACACACUCACUAAUACACAAACACACUCACAAUAUUUUUUACUAUCAUUACUUUUUAAGGUGUGGGAUUGUAUUCUUCCAUGGGGUCCAGUGGGGCUGGGUUGGAAGACACGGGCAGGCGGUCUGGGAGACAGGCACACAGUGGAGGCAGCAAGGGAGCUCUAAUCCUCCUGCUCAGCUCCCUCGUGCGCCUCUUAGUGAUGCCGGAGUGACGUCAUAUUCCGGCUCCGGCAUCACUGAGGAGGAAGAGCUCAGGGGAGAGUGCUCCCUCGCCGCCCGCCUCCUACAUCAGAUGCCAUCCUCGUGGGGGCCCUGAGGUGACCAGCCGGCCAGCUCCUGGGCCCCCCAGGACAAGAGGCUGGCAAGGCAUCUUCCAGGGUGAUUGGGGGUGGCUUUUUUUGCUGCCCCCUGAAGUGCCACCCAAGGCAAAUGCUUUGUCAGCCUUGCGCUAAAUACAGCGCUGGUUACAGUGGUUUAUUUGUGUGUAGUGUUUGUAUGUAUUGUUGGCAUUUGAAUGCGGGGAUGUGCUUGUAUAUAAUGUUGGCAUUUGAAUACAGUGAUAUGUUUGUAUGUAGUAUUUGCAUUUUAUUGCGUUGAUGACUCUCCAGGUUCUCUCCCCUCCAGUUUUUGGCUUCUGUUCAGUCUCCUUCCCUCUGGGGCUCUGAAAGCUGGGAGGAAGUGACCCUUUUUAAAAUUUUCCCAGCACCAAGGCCAAAUUGCUCAUCUGACAGGGACCGGCGUCCACAAGGGGCCUCUGAUCAAACAUACCUAUCGGGUGGCUCUAAGUUCAUGGGUACCUGAUGGGCACUCCCAGCUUGCGCACUCUGGCCUCACUACUGGCACAGAACCCCUUGUGAAAUGCAGAAUACCUCUGAGAACCCAGGUUUUCUGCCACUGAUUUCAAUACCAUUUAUAUAAAUUGCCCACUGAGAUAAACCAAAGCCACAAUCCUUGAUCUAAGGGUUGGUUUAAUACUUUAAAUCUGUUCAUAAUAUCUGCAACAUGGAACAUUAGCCCUUCAAUUUUAUUCAUUUAUUUAAUAGAAAAUGUGUCUCAGCCAGGGGAGGUAUGGCUAGGGCUGCAUACACAAAAUGAUUAAAUCUCUUUGGAAAAGAGAAUUGAGCAAUUACACAGGAGCAUGAUAUAUACACCAAAACCACUGCACUAAGGUGAAGUUGUUUUGGUGCUUAGAAUGUCCAUUUAAUGAAUAGAUAGAGGUCCAAUGACGAUCAACCCAAUGGCCUGUGGAUCAGUGAGUAAUAAGUAAUGCAUGGGCAGAGGAUACCAAAUCCUCUGGCCCUAAUACAGCUCCACGAUUCUUCCAAAAAGAAACUAGAGGAUGUCUAUAUCUGAAUAUGCCUCCAUUUACAUGUUAUGGGACUGGACAUCCCUUGGUCCCCAAUUGAAAGAAUAUAGAAACAUAGCAUAUAUAAGAACCAUUCAGCCCAUCUAGUCUGCCCAAUUUUCUAAAUACUUUCAUUAGUCCCUGGGCUUAUCUUAUAUAUCUAGGAUAUAUGUCUGUCCCACGCAUGCUUAAAGUCCUUCACUGUGUUAACCUCUACCACUUCAGCUGGAAGGCUAUGCCAUGCAUCCACUACCCUUUCAGCAAAGUAAUACUUCCUAGUAUUAUUUUUAAACCUUUGCCCCUCUAAUUUAAGACUAUGUCCUCUUGUUGUGGUAGUUUUUCUUCUUUUAAAUAUAGUCUCCUCCUUUACUGUGUUGAUCCCCCUAUAUGUAUUUAAAUGUUUCUAUCAUAUCCCCCUGUCUCGUCUUUCCUCCAAGCUAUACAUGUUAAGAUCCUUUAACCUUUCUUUGUAAGUUUUAUCCUACAAUCCAUGAACCAGUUUCGUAGCCCUUCUCUGAACUCUCUCUAAAGUAUCAAUAUCCUUCUGGAGAUACGGUCUCCAGGUUUCUGUACAAUGGCAUGAGCACUUCCCUAUUUCUACUGCCAAUACCUCUCCCUAUACAACCAAGCAUUCUGCUAGCAUUUCCUGCUGCUCUAUUACAUUGUCUGCCUACCUUUGAGUCAUCUGAGAUAAUUACCCCUAAAUCCUUUACCUCAGAUGUUGUGGUUAGCACGGUUUCAAAUAUUCUGUACGUUGCCCUUGGGUUUUUACAUCCAAGAUGCAUUAUCUUGCACUCAUCCACAUUAAAUGUCAGUUGCCACAAUUCUGACUAUUUUUCUAGUUUACCUAAAUCAUUUGUCAUUUGGCUUAUCCCUCCUUUAACAUUAACCAUGUUACAUAUCUUAGUAUCAUCAGCAAAAAGACAUACCUUACUAUCAAGACCUUCUGCAAUAUCACUAAUGAAAAUAUUAAAGAGAAUGGGUCCAAGUACAGAUUCCUGACGUACCCCACUGGUGACAAGCCCAUGCUUCGAAUAUACUCCAUUGACUACAACCCUCUGUUGCCUGUCAUUCAGCCACUGCCUUACCCAUUCAACAAUAUUGGAAUCUAAACUUAAAGAUUGCAGUUUAUUGAUAAGCCUUCUAUGUGCAACAGUGUCAAAAGCCUUACUGAAAUCUAGGUAAGCAAUGUCUACUGCACCACCCAGUGGCAGAUCCGGGGGGGCGGCAACGGGGCAAUACCCCCCCCCCGAGAAAACCGAGGGUCUCCCUCUCCCGUCAGCACAUGCAGGCGCUAGCCCUGCAAUGUGCCUGCGGACCGGGGAGGGAAAUCAGAGAUCUCCCUCCUUCCCUGUCCGCAGGCAAUAUGCUGGCAGCCGGCAGGGGAGGGAGGGAGAGAGGACCCGGGAGCUCAGCCUGCAGCUCCUCCGGGUCCUCCUCUCGCGAGCACAGAGCGUUGCCGCAGUUUCCACGGCAACGCUCUAAAUCUCGCGAGAGUGAACUCUAGCCCUGGAGCUAUGGGCUAGAGUUCACUCUAACCACUGGGACCACCAGGGAUUCCCACUGGACCACCAGAGAUGGAGAAAUGUCCCCUCUCUCCCCAAUAAAGGUAAGAAGGGACAUAAUGAAUAUUUAUUUUAAUUAAAUUUUAAAACAAAAAGCAUAUUAUAAAAAAGCCCCCCCUAGCCUUUUCAUAUGAUACACACUCACACCCUAGACACACACAUUGCCCCUCCCCUUCACACACAUAUACUGCCCCCCAUACACACACACUGCCCCCAGACACACAUACACUGCCCCCACACACAUACACUGCCCCCAAAACACAUUGCCCUACACAUACACUGUCCCCAUACACACAUUGCCCUACACAUACACUGCCCCCCAUAUAUACAUUGCCCUACACAUACACUGCCCCCUCAUACACACAUACACUGCAACUGUCACACCCACAUACUGACCCACACAUACACUGCCCCGUAACACACACACUGCACCCCUGACAUACACUGCCACCCUCACUCACACACUGCAACCUUCACACACACACACUGCUCACACACUGUCCCCCUCACACACACACACUGCACCCCUCACACAUACCACUGCUCCUAUGCCCUAUGACAGCCCUCAGACCUCAGGUAAGUUGUCAAACUGUUCUUAAACGGUUUGACUACUUACUCUGGGAGGGGGUCCCGGCACUAUUGGCACCAUAACCACUACACUGAGCUGUAGUGGUUAUUGUGUCUGGAUUAUUUAUUUAAAUAAUCUACAAGUGCCCCUCCCGAGAUCAGGCUCUGGAUCCGUCACUGGCACCACCCUAUUAUUUUAAUUACCCAAUCAAAAAAAACAAAAGGAUUAGUUUGAUCCCCCUUAAGUAAACCCAUGUUGUCUCUGAUCUUGAAAUCCAUGUGAGAGAUUUGUAUUAAGGCAUAUGAGCUUUUGUAACCCUGACCUACCACUCUUUCCUGGAUUGAGGGAUUUGUAAACCACCUAACCCAGCAUUACUUAUUAAAUUUCAGUAACUAAUUUAAAAUUAGCAUCACUUUAUGUCGAUAAUGGAUAAUGUAUCUGUCAUGGGUUUGUGAGUCUAUUGCGGUUAUUCCUUCAAUCCUUCACUAGUCCUAAUUCCAGAUGUGCUGAAUAUAGUGAAAGUAUUCCCUUUGUGUAGAGUUUCCCCAAUAUAAUGGACGCAACCAGUUGUAUAAGGGUUAAAGCAGCAAUCUGAAUUUUAUUAGGCCACGCUCGGCUUCUUAUGCAGUGCCCCUAACAUUGGAUUUCUAAUACAAAAUCAAAGGGGUUCCCUUCCCAUAAGCCAUUGUGUUUGAGAGAUAAUUGAGCUCCAAUUAAGAUAAUCCAAUUAUGUCUCAAAUAGGAAAACUUAAAUACAAUUUUUACACAUCACAAAACUAAAUGACAACAGCAUCAGAACCCCACAAAAAUUAUGUUCCUGAAUAGCCCUAAACUGAGCACAGCAUAUCCAGAUCUGUUCAGUAAAAUGAAAGUUAUGUUCGUGCAUAUAUGAACUGAGCUACUCUGUAAGGUGUGGUCACCUUACAGAAGUCACACAUAAGUGGCCUUGAAGUCUGGACAUAAUUGGGUCACCAAUACACAUAGCUCAAUAGCUUUUAUAUAAUACAAUUAACAUAAUAGCUUUUAUCCAGCUCAACAUUUUACAUAGUAACUCAACAUUAAUACAAUGUACCCCCAUAUCAUAUAUAUCAUUUUAAAGUCUGUGACCAGGCACAUAGUCUGUGGGCAGGAGGCUAGCUGUAAUGCUUCUCUAGCAGGCUGUGGCACUGGAGCUUCUGUGACAGUAUCUAUGCUGAAUUUUGGGAAUUUGUUACAUCUGCUCAGUUUGAUAUAUUCACCAUGUUGCCAAUGUUCAAGUAUUUGAGUACGCAAUAUACAGUUUAUUGGACUCUAUAUAUGUUCUUCUGCUUAAUUUGUUUGUUAUAUUGAUUUUAUUUCUAAAUGCAUUUCAGAUGAGACAGAAACAUUUAUUGACUAUGAGGACAAUUUAAAUGACGAUAAAGAUGUACCAGAUUUUGAAUCAUAUAAUGAAGAGGAAGAUUAUGAUGAUGGCUACAAUGAGCAACAUGAGUUGUCUCUUAACAUUCAUAAUGAACAAAAGGCCCAUUUGGAAGAUGCAAGAGACCUAACAUCUAUAGAAAAAGCAAAUAAGAGACCAACAAAAGCUCCAUUUUCAUUAAGUCAAACGCAUCUCUUUUGGUUUUCUCCAGAAGUCAUUAGUGGGAUUAAAUCUGAGAUGGAGCAGCAUGAUAUCACUAAAACACAUUUAAAUAAUAUCAAAUACAUGGGAAUACAAACUGAUAAUCAUGAUCAUGUAAACAGCCAACAUAUGACUUACAAAGAUCAUCCAAUGUAUACUUCAGAAAAGAAAAAUAAUACCAAAGCCAACAAAAAUGUAUCUGAAAACACAAACAGUUCUUUUUUAAAUGGCUAUACUACUCGAGUUACUACUCAAAGUAUUGAUGGUUCUGUGGAAACAGAAGACAUUUCCCUGAUAACGUUUAAAACUGUAUUAAGUAACAUUGAUUCAACUGCACUUUCUGCUAACACAGAUUUGAAUGGCGUAGCUACAGCUUUCCCAACACCAACAACGCUUGGCAACAGUCAAGCAGUAGUACAACCUGAAUCAACCAUUGUUCCUGAAAACAGAAACUCUGAUGAAGUAAAUAAUGACAGUAGUAGUAUGGGAUAUCACACUAGCAAUCUAAAAUUUAUAGAUGAUGAAUCUAUGUUACCAACUGUUCAUGAUGCUACAGAGUCCAUUCCCACAGUAGAUUACCAUAAAGUAAACGUAGACUCGACUAUAUUAUUAGCAAACAUUUAUGACCUACUUAUACAGUCAACUCCCUCGGAAAUAGAGUUUACUGCUGGCCAGAAUUUUAAGACAUUUGAAGAAGACAUCUCAGAAGGAAAACAAAUGGUCUCUACAGUUCAGCCAUGUCUAGGAGAUGAAUGUUUGCAAGGCUCUAAAGGUCAAUUGAUUGCCAUUAUUGUGGUUAUCAUUUGUUUACUCUUGUUGUUAACAAUCAUGGCAGUUUGGUGUUAUAAAAAACAGCACAAGAGUUCAGUAUAUAACUUGAAUGGAAACAGACACCUCCAACAUAUUGAAAUGUAGAAAAUAUGAAAAACUCUACAUUACUUAUGACAAGAGAAAAAAUGUUUUUAAUUAAUUCCGAUGACUUUAUUUCAAGAUGGAUUAAUGUAGUUUACGAUUUGAUGUAGUUUAUAUUUUGAUUCUUUAUUUUUAGUGAGUCAACUGCAAAAAAACAAACAUUUGCCCCCUGCCUCCUUUCAGUCUCAGCCAAUCCUAUGGGGAAGCAUUGUGAUUGGAUCAGGCCACGACUCUUGAUAAUGUCAGCAAACUGAUUGUUUUUUUCUGAGACAAACAGCAUGCAGAUCUACAGCUUCAGGUUUGAAUACAGUAAGAUUUUGCUAUAUUUUUUGAGGCAUGAGGGGGGCUAGAUGUUGGUUUUAACACUAUAGGAUCAGGAAUACAUAUUACGGUUCCUGACCCUAUAGUGAUCCUUUAAGUAGGAAAAGAGUACAUCAGAUUGCAAAGAAUAUUAUUGGCAAAAAAUUAAUAAAAUAAAGAUGAAAGUACUUUUGAAAUCAGACAGUCUAAAGUCAGAACCUGAUUUUGAACAAUAUAAAGUGAAAAAGAAAGCAGUACUUGCUAAAUUAAAUAGGUGCA